GCCUCGGCCCCGGCCCCGACGACCUCGCCGCCUACCCGCUCACCCUCGGCUGCAGCGUUCGCAAGAACAUGGUCCCCGUCCUCGACUACCUCGGCAAGAUCGGCGUCCGCCGCGGCGAGCUCCCGCACCUGCUCCGCCGCUACCCGCAGGUGCUCCACGCCAGCAUCGUCGUCGACCUCGCGCCUGUCGUCGAGUGUCGUCGAGUACCUCCAGGGGAUGGACGUCAAGCCAGGCGACGUGCCGCGCGUGCUCGAGGGCACCAUGAGCACCUCCGUCGCCUACCUCGUCGGCAUCGGCGUCGCCAGGCGGCAGAUCGGCGGCGUCAUCUGGGUAGCGAUUUCUGGUCGUGAAGGGGGUCGGCGCCGGCCGUUGGAGCCGAACCAACAGCGAAGCGGGCGCACGACCGCACGAGGGCACCGCCGUAGCAUCCGAUUCUUCCCACAUGAUCCAACCCCGCCUGCCGGCUCGGCUCAUGGGAUGGGAGCAUCAUCCCGCGGCCGCCCGCCCGCACCGCCGCACGAGCCGGGCACGUAACGUAACCUCGCCAACGGUCGCCCUCUCCCCGUUGCCUCGCCGUCUUUAUAAUCCCGGGCUCGUCUGGGCAUCACACACCACCGCCACAUCACUCUACUCCACUUACCUGUCUCGCGCUCCUUGUUCACACCAUCUCCCUUGGCUUUCCCUUCGGCGCUUCGAGAGAGAGAAGGAAGAAGGAAGAUGGCGGACGAGGGGACGGCCAACUGCAUCGACAUCAUCCUCGCCGUCAUCCUGCCGCCGCUCGGCGUCUUCUUCAAGUUCGCCUGCGGGAUCGAGUUCUGGAUCUGCUUGCUGCUCACCUUCUUCGGCUACCUCCCCGACAUCGUCUACGCCGUCUGGGUCAUCAUCGGAGGGGCUCCUCACCUCUGCCUGCCUCUAGAUAUAGUCCGUCGUGUGAACCACACAACAAAUGAUGCAUCUUCCAAGCAAAAGAAUUUUGCAAAACCAAAAGAGAAGCGCCCUGGCAGCCUCUUGUUACUCCCAUCUCUGUUCCAAAAACAGAGGAACCAUCUUUUUUUGGUUCAGAAAACUGCGAGGAAAAUCCUGAACUGACCUCUGCUUGCUCUGCUUCUUCUUUGUGCCACGUGAACCAUGGCGAACUUGUUCUGUGUCUAGUACAAGCCGUUUGUCUGAGACGCGAGCCACGGUUCAUGGUGCUGCCUACGUGUGUUUUGAUGCUGUUGUACAUCUGUGUUGUUGUCCGUGCUUGAUGAUUAGCCUCCUCUCCUGUCACCUUCCCUUCUCCAGUGUAGUGUAUCCAUUCAGUUGUGUUGUUCCUCCGCGCAUUUUCGUCGUCCAUGUACUUUGAACUUUGAUUAAUUAGUUAAUGAAUCAAUUGAUUGGUGGAGAAGUUUUCAGUU